GGUUCAGCCCCAGCCUUAAGUGGCUUGUUGGAGCAUCCUCUAGGUACCAGUUCUAUUUAAUUAAGGUCCAUCCUGGAAGAGGUGAGGAGAGUACUGGGGAGACACCAGGGUGGAGUCACCGCUUUGGUGGUGGGAAGGAAGAAGGAAGGUGCCGUGUGAAAAACACCCACACCCUUUCCUCUACCCCCACCCUCAAGUCCAGGUGGGGAGAGAGGACCAGAGUCUUCCUCUCUACGCCAGAUCAUCUGAACACACCCAAGGCUGAUAAAAAUCAACAGCAGGCACCCACAAUUACACCCCCAUCUCUUCAUUCCCAACAGGGAUCCAAAAUAAAGAAUCCUCAUGAAGGGCGAAACUCCAGUAAACAGCACUAUGAGUAUUGGGCAGGCCCGGAAGAUGGUGGAGCAACUGAAGAUUGAGGCCAGCAUGUGCAGGAUAAAGGUCUCCAAGGCUGCUGCGGACCUGAUGACUUACUGCGACGCCCACGCCUGCGAGGACCCCCUCAUCACCCCUGUGCCCACCUCCGAAAACCCGUUCCGAGAGAAAAAGUUCUUCUGUGCCCUCCUCUGAGCUAUGUCUGUCUCCCAACCUCACCCCCUUGGGCCCAGGGGGGCAUCUGGGCUGCUCAGAUUUCCUUCUCUCCCCCCCCCCGCCCCAUCCCUCGCAUCCUCCAGUCCUGGUACACCCUUAUCACUGCUCAGCUUUGAAUUGGGUUUGUGCUGGAGAAGGCUACAAUGUACCUCCAAGCCCAAGUUUUGGCUGUUUUGGGGAAGGGGUUGGCAGGGCACAUGUCGAGGUUUCCACUUUCAAAUUCCCCCCUCCACAUGUUCCAUUGCAAGGCUAACGUCUCCAUACACUUCAACCAAGCAC